AUGACUUCACCUUACACGCGUUGGGUUGACCUGGCAGAUGGCGAGCUCACCGUGGACAACGUCGAGGGCAUCCUGAACAAUUUGACAGACGACCUCUGGGCUGCUGCUGCAUGUGCCGACAGACUCGUAGACGAUGUUCUACUCCAACAGAAAUUGCUUCAACUUGGUUUAGCACGCACCGAUUCCGCCUAUACACGCCUUGAACGACUUCUUUCCUCCUCGUCCGACCAAGAUUCACUGGAGGGAAAAGCCCCCUCCUUGAUAGAAUAUUUCAAAGAAGUCGAGGGAGAUGCCCUUUUGUGUCGUGUACGGGUCGUUCUUCUCGGUCGACUGGAUCGCCUUAAUACAUACGUGGAGGUUUGCAAAGCUGCACCUGAAGAGGAGACUGAAAAGGGCUCUGAACAGAAUGAGGAUGAAGAUGAAGAAUGGGAUGACGAUCCUUGGGGAGAAGGCUCAACAAAAGCGGUACUCGUUUCGAAGUUACCACCUCCCUUUUCACUUUCCGAAUUCCUGUCCUCAGACCUACUCCAUUCAGCCUGCCUACUCGCCGUCAAUCAGUGGUUCAAUGGUCUAGGAGUCGUCUUCUCUAGGCAUGGCUCGACAUUGUGGCCUUUCAGGUUCACUAUUCUAGACCUCAUUCCGGGACAUACUAGUCCAACCGAUUAUCAUACACUUCUUCCAUCCCGUGACCCCGAGAUGGACAUCGAAAUACGGCCUCACUUUGAGGGACUGAGGAGAGAGAGGGACUGGUCUGAGUCCUCCGAUAUACAGUCUGCCUUAAACGCCGCCUCUAUUCCCAUAUGGCAUUCUGGGAACAGUACAAGCAGCCAUUCAUCCAUAGAUCUAAAAAGCGGAGGGGAACUCUCUUCGUGGUAUCACCAGCGUGUGGACUUUAUUGUCUCUUCUACGGGAAUGAUAGACUCCGCUCUCACCUUAGUCCAGCAUGCCGUAUCACAGGGUAUCGGUGGACUUGACGAGCUCGGCGAGGAACUAAGUCUUCUCUCAAGGCUGGUAUACGAUUCUCCUCGCGGCAAAGAUAUUCCCGAGGAAGAGGAUUGGACUCUAGAUCGAUGGCUGUCCAUGGAUCCACCCGCAGUCGUCCGGGCUUACUUAGCGCAUUCGGCUCCCCCGACGGUGUCGAACGACAUUUCACGACUCGUCAUGCCAUACCUUUUCGUUCUAGAGUCCCGUGCGGAACGGAGUGGUAAAUCAGAUCCGUCUCUUCCAACUCGACUUCUCUACGACUACAUACUAUCCGCACCUUUGAAUAUCGCGGUGUCUAUUUUCGAGGCGUCGAAGCCAACACUUCCAUUUUCGCAGCGUUUGAUAAAGCACGAUGACGACAUGGUCCGACUGGCUCUUGCAUGCCUCUACGGCAAUGAAAGUCUUGAUCAAUGGCCGACAAUGAGCAACAUUUUUGAAUGUUUACCUGUAUGGGAAGUCACCAGUGGCGACGAGGACGCUGCAGAUACAACGGUUGCCUCUCUCGGCACAUUUGUUACGCCCACAACGGCACGGCCUUCUUGCACGCCCUCAGACCUCCUCGUCUUCUUCAAACCCCUUCCAAUGUCAUCAUUAUCCAGGGCACUCGAUUUUCUUGAUAUUCACCUUGAAUCUGGCGAGAUCCUGGCUCGUUGGUGUGUUCCCGCUCCACUGCGAUGGUUCUUGCAGAGCAACAACGAUCCUGCUGAGCAACGAGCGUGGGCUAACAGGAUGGCUAGAAGAGCAGGUAACAAGCAUGAUCAGCUGGAUACUUUGCAGGAUUGGGAAUGGCUUCUGGAAGAUAUGCUCAAGCUUUCCGCGAAAGCGGACAACAAAUUGGGCGGCGCCUUUUGCUUGCUUUCCCGAGAUGAGGUCUUGCGGAUCUAUUUGAGUGGUCUUUUGAGCACUGGGAGAUUUGACAUUGCACGCAAUCUACUCCAGUCUCGCAAGAGCCGUCUGACUUUGGACGGGGAAGCCGUUGAAAGUAUAUGCUUGUCGUGCUCACGCGAAUUCUACGACAACGCGAGUUCGGGGAAUUAUAAAUUUGGUGAAAUGAAAUUGGCGUAUGAUUGUCUGGGAGUGCCUCCACCUUCUGAUAGGCUCGAGAAGGAAAAAGAAUUUAUCGAAGCAACCUCUCGCCUCACUUCCUUCAACAUCAUGUCCCGACCAGGCAUCCCCAUUUCCCCUAUAGAGAUCAGACUUACAAAAGACCGGUUAACGCUCGUUUCACAGGUGCUGUCUAGCAACAGUGAUGCUUAUAAGCAUAUUGAAGUCAUCCUAGACCUGGUCCGUAAACUCGGAUUUAAGGAUGAUAUAGUGGCCGAAGUGAAGGCUUUAGCGAUGAUCGCUGAUACCGCCCUGCAAGCUGAGGACUUCAGCCGUUCAUACGAAACGAGCCAGCGUAUGGUCGACCUUGUCCUCAAUCUCCGGGCUUCGUCGAUGGGGAUGGAUGAUCCACAGAUCCGGGAAGCCAGUGACGUUUGUUGGAUCGCGUGUUUCCAGCUUGGGAGGCAAACAGAAUUUGAAGAUAUGGAUAAGAAACUUUGCCUGCUCGGGAGAGCCGUUGAAAUUUGUCCGGCAGACAAACUCCAUGAUGUCUUGACUGCCUGGCGUAGGCUUGAAAACCAAGACAUUGGCGUUCGGGAAGAACGUCUUACCAAGAGACACGGCGGAGCGGUCGAUUCGGGUGACAACCGAAAGCGUGCAGCAACGGCUUUAUUGAACCUACCAGAAUCUGCUGCAUCGACAUUGCAAGAACGGUUGAAGAGUUUCCACAUGCCUUCUCCGCCAUUACUCAAUACACCCGACGCUGCAGCCCUUGCGAGCCGGACUUUCAAAAGCGUCGCUGCUAGUUUCCCCUUCUCCCGCGGUCGCUCUCGAUUCUCCCAAGAGAGCGGUAGCGACCGUUCACGGAGUGGAAGUAGGCGGCCGGGUAAUGGGCAAGAUGUUUCUGCCCAAGCAUCCAGGGUGUUUUCACAAGGCAUCGGAUGGUUGAUUGGAGCCGAAGAGGGUUUAUAA